GUCCUGAGAACUGAACAGAAUUGAUGUGUGACACUGAAACGAGCACACAUUGGUUCACUAGUCCUUACACUACAGUACACACUGAGGCUUUUAGUCAGCAAUGUACGGCCAAAGCCACAUCAGGUUCAAUAUCUUGCUGGGCUGGUGUUGCCUGCUCUCGGUCGCCGUCUUGGUUAUGGCUAUGGUACUCGCUACAGGAAUUAACAACAAAAGCCCAUCGAACGGGAUGCAGCAGGGGUCAACAGAAACUCCAGACCCUUUUUCUUAUUCUCAAGUAAUAGAUCUUCCCACAGGCACAAGAUCCCCUUUUGCUCAGACAUCUACAAAUCAUAUCCAUCUUGUUAGUGGACCAGAACAAGACAAUGAAACUUCCUGGCAGCAGGGCCAAAUGUGUUUUUGCAAGAAUACCUCCCUCCUGCUUAAGGACAACAGGGUCAAGAUCACAGUUGGAGGAUUCUACUACAUCUAUGCCCAGGUCUCCUUUAAGCAGGUGGAUAAGGGAACGGUUACUGUGAUUGCAAAUGAGAACAUACCUAAUAAAACGCCCCGCAAGCUCAUUGAGGCACAGCAGCACAGUCCAGGCACUGUGUCCAUGUCUGGUGUGAUCCUUCUGAAAAAAGGUGAUAGUGUGAAACUGGCCAUCUGGUCACUUAACAAGUCCAUGCUCUUGUUAAAGGAUGAGUCACAAACACACUGGGGUCUCUUUUUGUUUGCUAGGCAACAGGAUUAUUAGGUACAUGACAGGCUCUCUCUUCUUAAAUCAGAAUGGAAUAUACUGCAACAGCUUGUGAACAUAUGUCUACAUCUAAACAGAAUAUAUUGUAAUAUAUUUUUAGUGUAUUACAUUUCAAAUGGGUAAGCUUGAAUAAUGCUACUACUUUGUCGGUGCCUUAGCGGUGUCUUAGCUGUCGUAGCAGUCUCAAGGCUGUGCUUUCUGUAUCUUAGCAGGUCAGUGAAAGAGUUGGGAGUCACUGAUGCCAACAAGAAAAAACUGACAAAACAAACUUGACUCCCAAACAAAGAAACUCUCAGAUCCAUUCAUAAGCACCUAGAAACUGAAGAAACUUUGUGUCAAGGAGUGCACUGAAUUCCUAAAACUUGAGAACUGUGGAAGAAAAUGGGUUGAAUGUUUAGAAUCUGAAGUUGUCAUAUACUGUAUACAUAAUGUAUACAUUUGCUACAGCUUGCUGUAGCAUAUCCUUCCAUAAAAUCAUCGUCCAAGUAGUGAUUAACUACAAUUUCAUUGAGAAAUUGUACACGGCGAUCCAUAUUACAACAUCAAUCGACAGAACAAGAAGAAACACUGUGCAAUUUCUGCCCUGUUUUUCGAUCUGCUGUUCUAUGUGAACGGGUGAUUGUUCUCAGCCCUUAGUGGUGUAUAUGUCUGUUUAAAUGUUUAGGAUUUUCGUUUCUUAGGAUUUGUUUUUGUAAGAAUCUUAUUCUGUUCUAGAGACGUUUCAAUGUUUAUAGUAUAUUAGUUAUUUAUGUCUCUUAUUUAAAUGAAUUUACAUUCCUUUCAUUUCCUACAGUAUUUUUUCCCCCAAGAGUUGUGAAGUACAGUGUUAGUGUGACCCUAAUGUUAUAUGUAUAUAUGUAUGUAUGUGUAUGGUUUUGGAAUAAAAAAUAUAAAAGCAG